AUGACAUAUAAGGAGCUGUACCAGAAUUUAUUUAAUGCGCAUGUUGUCGCUCCCCGUGAUUUAAGUCCUCUACAACCCCCAUAUCCAAAAUGGUAUGACACAAACGCUCAGUGUGACUAUCAUGCCAGAAUUUCAGGGCACUCGAUAGAAAAUUGUACUGCUUUCAAGAAGGUAGUGGAAGAACUUAUCAAAUUGGGCGUUGUCAAAUUUGGUGACUCACUCAACACGGAAAGUCCGUUGCCCAAUCAUGAUGAAGGGGUGAACGCGAUAAUUGAGAAUGGAGGAAGGAGAGUCAAAACUAAUGUAGCAGAGAUAAGGACCCCCCUUGAAUGGGUUUGGAAACAAAUGGUCAAAGGAGGACGCAUCAAGCAAGAUUCAAUAGAAAGGCCUGAAGGAGCAAGUAAGUUUUGUGAGUUCCACGCAGAAGAAGGCCACGACAUCGAAAGAUGUACCGAAUUCAGAACCAUGGUGCAAAACUUAAUGGAUAACAAAGAGUUGGAAUUUUAUGAAGAGAUUAAUGGACUAGAAGAAGGAGAAGUUUAUGCUGCAGAAGAAGGAUCUACGGGGAAAGCCCAAAAGGCUAAUCACCCAGUAGUAAUUAUUUCAAAACCAAUGAGCAGAGAAUCUGGAAUUCAAAUAGCACCAAAGGUCAUAAUCCAAAAACCUGUAUCCUUUCCUUACGAGGAUAGCAAAAAGGUUCCUUGGAAUUACGACUGCAAUGUGACAAUUCCAGGGAAAGAGUGCUUGGUGCUAAAUGAAACUUAUGUCGCUCACGAUAUCUCAGUGAAUAAGUUGGACCGCUUGGUUAACAAUAUCAGUGCCGACAAUUUCAUUUUCUUUAAUGAUGAUGAAAUACCACCGGGGGGAAGAGGAGCUACCAAAGCAUUACAUAUCACUGCUCGUUGUGGGGAGUAUACGUUAGCAGGAGUACUAAUUGAUAAUGGGUCAGCCUUGAAUGUUUUACCCCUAUCCACCUUAAAUAGGUUACCGGUGGAUAGCUCUCACAUGAAAUCAUGCCAGAAUAUAGUGAGAGCAUUUGAUGGUACUGAAAGGAAGGUGAUGGGAAGAAUAGAAAUACCCCUCUUGAUUGGCCCAAAUACAUACGAGAUGGAUUUCUUAGUGAUGGAUAUCAAGCCUUCGUAUAACUGCUUGUUGGGAAGACCCUGGAUUCAUUCAGCAGGAGUGGUGCCUUCAUCAUUACACCAGAAGUUGAAAUUGGUAACAGAAGGCCGGUUAAUUACGAUUGACGCUGAGGAAGACAUCAUUGCAUCGAUAACCAGUGACGCGCCAUAUUUGGGAACAGAUGAUGAGGCGGUUGAAUGUUCCUUUCGAUCUUUAGAGUUCGUAAAUGCGACCUUUGUCAUUGAGGGAAAGAAAAUCCCGAUGCCCAGCAUAUCUAGAGCCACGGGGAUGGGACUACAAAUGACAGUUGGGAAAGGAGCUAUGCUCAGAAGAGGACUGGGAAGAUGCCUUCAAGGAAGGAUAGAGGCACCAGUGCUGAAGGACAAGCAAGACCGUUUUGGUUUAGGACUUAAACCAAACGCUAAGCAAAGAAGAAAAGAGUUGGAGAAAAGACAAAAGAGGAAGAAGGCGCGUGUAAACGGAAAAGAAGUUGAUUGGGAACCGAUGGCUUUCCCCCACAUAUCCAAGACCUUUGUAUCGGGAGGAACCAUGUAUUCUGGACUGAUGACUCCAAGAAGGGAGAUCACAGAGGAAAUGCUAGGAAACUUGAACAUCAAUGCCAUAUCUGAAGAAAAAUCUGAAGAAGGAAGUACAUCAGGCAUCUAUCCCUUUGAACCUGGGAGUGAGACAGUAGAGACGGUGGCCCUGGAAGAGGGAAAAGUGGUGAAGAUUGGCACAUGCAUAGCUGAAGAAGUAAAACAAGACCUCAUUAAGUUGCUUCGAGAAUUCAAAGAUGUCUUCGCAUGGUCAUAUCAAGAUAUGCCGGGGCUAAGUGCUGACAUUGUAGUUCACCGACUUCCUAUAAAGGAAGAUUGCAAACCAGUUCAGCAAAAACUCCGAAGAAUGAGGCCAGAUGUUGUAUUAAAAAUAAAAGAGGAGGUGCAAAAGCAAUUCGACGCUGGAUUCCCGCAAGUGGUCAAAUACUCCGAGUGGGUGGCCAAUAUCGUUCCUGUCCCUAAGAAAGAUGGAAAGGUACGAAUGUGUGUGGAUUAUAGAGAUUUAAAUAAGGCUAGCCCAAAAGAUAACUUUCCCUUGCCGCACAUCGACACCUUGAUAGACAACACAGCGGGGCAUUUAUUGUUUUCUUUCAUAGAUGGGGCAACGUAUCAGAGGUCCAUGGUAACACUAUUUCACGAUAUGAUGCAUAAGGAAUUAGAAAUCUAUGUUGAUGACAUGAUUGCAAAAUCUAAAACGGAAGAGGAACAUGUGCAGGUCCUUAAGAAAUUAUUUAUGCGGUUGAGAAAAUUUCAGCUAAAAUUAAAUCUAGCAAAAUGCACAUUUGGGGUCAGAUCAGGAAAAUUGCUUGGGUUCGUGGUCAAUGAGAGAGGAAUCGAGAUUGAUCCUGACAAAGUAAGAGCAAUACAAGAAUUACCUCUGCCGCGUACUGAAAAAGAGGUUCGAGGUGUAUGGGAUGAGAAGUGCCAAAAAACUUUUGAAAAAGUGAAACAUUACUUGUCCAACGCCCCAGUGCUGAUGCCACCUUGCCCAGACAAACCGCUCAUACUGUAUUUGGCAGUAUUUGAAAAUUCCAUGGGAUGCAUGUUUGGUCAACAUGAUGAGACAGGACGAAAAGAAAGAGCAAUCUACUAUCUCAGUAAGAAGUUCACCGAAUGUGAAACAAGAUAUUCGCCAAUCGAGAAGUUAUGUUGUGCCCUGAUCUGGACAACUCGGAGACUGAGACAGUACAUGUUGUACCAUACAACCUGGCUAAUUUCUAAAUUGGACCCCCUGAAAUACUUGAUGGAAUCAACCGCUUUGAGUGGAAGAAUGGCCCGAUGGCAAAUUCUCCUAUCUGAGUUUGACAUAGUCUAUGUGAACCAGAAGGCUGUAAAAGAGAGUGCAAUAGCGGACUUUCUGGCAAGUAGAGCGCUGGAGGAUUAUGAACCCUUGAACUUUGAUUUCCCAAAUGAAGAUUUGAUGUAUGUUGCAACUAUAGAAAAAGAUUUCCAAGAAGGUGGUCCUUGGAAGCUAAAUUUUGAUGGAGCUUCAAAUGCUAUAGGUAACGGAAUCGGGGCAGUACUCGUGUCCCCUAGUGGAGAUCAUUACCCUUUCACUAGCAAAUUGGAUUUUGAUUGUACAAAUAACAUGGUUGAGUAUGAAGCUUGCAUUAUGGGCAUCCGAACAGCCAUAGAGCGGAAAAUUAAGGUGCUAGAGAUAUACGGGGAUUCUGCAUUAGUAGUUUACCAGCUCAAAGGGGAAUGGGAAGCAAGGGACCCCAAGUUAGUCCGCUAUCGAAAAUUGGUUAUGGAAUUGAUUGAGGAAUUUGAUAGUGUCACCUUUAGUUAUCUCCCGCGAGAUGAGAACCAGAUGGCAGAUGCUUUGGCUACCCUAGCUUCUAUGUUCAGAGCGAACAGGCUAGAGGAUAUGAAGCCUAUCCAGAUCAGCGUUUAUGAGGCUCCAGCCCAUUGUUACAACAUUGACAAUGAAGGAGAAAAGGAUGAUCAUCCCUGGUACCAUGACAUAUUGCGAUAUGUGAAGAGUCGUGAGUACCCUGACCAUGCGAUUGAAAAUGAUAAGAAGACACUAAGGAGAUUAGCCAUUGAUUAUGUCCUAGAUGGGGAUAUCUUGUAUAAAAGAGGAAAAGAUCAAGUAUUGUUGAGAUGUGUGGACGCUGUCGAAGCUAAGGAAAUUUUGGAAGAAGUGCAUGAAGGUAUCUGUGGAACGCAUGCAAAUGGCUUCACGAUGGCCAGACAAAUUAUGAGAAUUUGGCUGGCUUUGAUGGAUUUGAAGCAAAGUUAUCGCCUAUGGCCGUACAGUUACUAUCAUGAGUCAAGGUUCGUAAGGUGUCAAGUUGAGAUGGAGAAAGAAGCAAAGGAUCGGAAUGUCCCACUAGAGACCCGUGAGAGGAUCAGGAAUGCAGGAAGAUCAAUUGAUAUGUUGUCGACUUUGGAAGGUAGGGUUGUCAAACUUGAGGAUUCCAUGGGUGAUAUAAAGGAAAGCCUCAAGGUAGUUGAGGGAUGCACUGUGGAAUAG